CAUCCUCACCCUCCCUCUCCUUCCCUCCCCCAGGCCAGGAAUGCGUCUGGAAUAAGGACAGCGAUUUCCCGGAAUAUCCACCGAUUAUCCUCGACGCCUCGUUUGAGAUCGUCCGCCCCGUUAUGGAAGGGGACCUGAGGGUAGUUCGCGUAUCGGCCGGGGCUCAGCUGACUCUCGCGUGCCCCGGGAGCGAAAUUACGAACCUUGGAACAGUAGCUGCGGAUGUGAUGUGUGGCGGAGGUGAUCUUCUUGUUGUUGAUGGGACUGAAUGGCGUCUGGACGAACUCGGCUGCACCGUCAAGGACAAGGAGUCGAUCCACCGGAACCUGGGCAGCUGCGGAGACGGCGGCGUGGGCGUCUUCGAGGGCAUCGGGUUUGAGAUUUUUGGGCCCGAGAGUUUUUACGAAUUGAUCCGCGUGUGCUUCGAACCCAAAGCCGAGACGACGCUGUACUCCGAACACGUCGUCCACGGAGCCAACAUCGCGGCUAAGGACAUCGACUCCUCCAGGCCCUCCUUCAAGUCCUCGACAGGUUUCUUCAGCGUCUCCAUGUCCACGUGUUACACUCAGAACUCGCAGCUCGCUUUGAUGAAGACGCUGCUGGGAGAUGAUGACCUCGCCAACACCAUCAUCAACCCCCACGAACAGCUGUACUUCGCCAAGGGACAUCUCGCUCCUGACGCAGACUUCGUGACGGAGGCGGAACAGGACGCGACCUACUAUUACAUCAACGCCGUUCCUCAGUGGCAGGCCUUCAACAACGGAAACUGGAAGUACCUCGAGUUCGCAACCCGUGACCUUGCCGAAGCCCACGGUACUGACCUGACCAUCUACACCGGCGGUUUCGAUGUCCUGACCUUGGAUGACAUCAACGCGAACCCGGUUGAGAUCUAUCUGGGGUUGACUGAGAACGAGAUGGUUGUCCCCGCGCCAGCUGUCACUUGGAAGGUCGUCUACGAGGAGAGCAGUUCUCGUGCCGUGGGUGUCGUGGGCGUGAACAAUCCCCACAUCACCAGCCCGCCCACUCCGCUGUGUUCGGAUCUGUGCAGUUCUCUCUCAUGGAUCGACUUCGACGUGAAUGACCUCGGCCACGGCUACACUUACUGCUGUACCGUCGAUGAUCUGAGGGCGGCCAUACCACAUGUCCCCGAUCUCGGAAAUGUUGGUUUGCUUGAUAAGUAAAACUGGUGAGGCUAGUUCAUAAAAUACAACAACAACAGUAACGGUAAAUAUCAACGUAAAAGUAAAAUGAAUGAAAUAGAAAAUUAAAUGAUACACAACUACAGAUGAUUUUAUUUUUAUUUUUAUGGUUGUGUGUUUGUUUUAUUGCCUCAAGUAAUUCAUUUAUAUAAAUUUGUUAAGGUUGUCAAGGCUCAAACUUCUAUACAUAUAAUAUAAAAAUAUGCUCUUUAGAUUUUUAUGAAAUUGUUAUGCAAAUUAAAUCUGUUGAGAUCA